GUCCCUGGCCACGUCUACGGCCAGCUCCCUAAUUUUCUAGACUCAACUCGUGCCUGCUUCUCAUCUGAGAAACCUAUUUCCAACGGAACUCCCCGACAGCUCGUAGCUGUCUCUUCAUCAAAGCAGAAGUAAUUUUCUCACUUUAGCUAUUAGCUUCAGAUUUCAUAAUUGGCAAUUUCAUAGUCGUCAUCUUCAUAAAGAUCAGACAAAAAAAAAAUCUGCAUAAAGAUCAACCAUCACAAUAUUUUUUGAGCGGAGGAUGGAUGUUCACUUCAUUUCAUCAACACGGAUCCACACUUUCUUUAAAUCUCAUGCUUCACCAAUUCCAAUUCAUUCCAAGCAUCUCCCUUUUCACCAAAUCUACCUUAGGCCGGCGAGUUGGAGGAUCGAAUCUGGGGGAUUCUCCCUCACCCAUCAAGUGCUCGAUGAAAUACCUCUCUCCGAUACCUUUGCUUGGAACAAUCUUAUCCACUCCCAUUUGAUCAGUAGAGAUCCUAUCGGCGCACUUUCUAUUUAUCUUCACAUGCUUCUCCAAGGUGCUCGUCUUGACAAGCGCACUUUCCCUCGUGUUUUAACUGCUUCUCGCCUUUGCAGCAACCUUUGUCUCGGCAAACAAGUUCAUUGCCAGGCUCUCAAGCUUGGCUUCUCCUCCGAUCAAUAUGUCAUUACUUCUUUAAUUCAAAUGUAUGGGGAUCUUGAUAGCACUGACGCUGCAAAAUGGCUGUUUGAUAAAUCUCCUACCAAGAAUUCUGUUUCUUGGACCAUGUUAGCCAAGUUCUACUUAUCUCAAAAUAAGCCGGAUUUGGCUAUUGAUAUGUUUCAUCAAAUGAUGGACUCCAAUGCGUAUCAAGUUGAUCCAGUAGCGUUAGCAACAGUUGUUGGUGCCUGUGCUAAAUUGAAAUCUGUGCAACAAGGAAGAAAUGUUCAUGAGAUAGCAAGGAAAUGUGGACUGGAGUUUGAUAUUUUGGUGGCCAAUUCUCUUUUGAAAAUGUAUAUUGAUUGCGACAAUAUUGAGGACGCUCGGGCAACUUUUGAUGGAAUGCCAACCAAAGAUAUCAUUUCAUGGACGGAAAUUAUAAAUGGGUAUGUGAAGAAUGGAGGAUUUAAUGAAGCUCUCAAAUUGUUUAGGUGGAUGAAUGCAGUUGGAAUAAAACCGGAUUCCCUAUCUAUUUGUAGUGUUCUCCCUGCUUGUGCAAGACCGGCAGCUUAUAAGCAUGGGAAAGAGAUUCAUGCUUACUUGCUAAGAAACGGCAUUCAGCUUAAUCAUAAAGUCCAAAAUGCUCUUAUGGACAUGUAUAUUAAAUCAGGAUUCAUAGAGUGUGCUUCAAAUGUUUUUGCCCGGAUGAAGAAGAGGGAUGUUAUUUCAUGGACUGUGAUGAUACUAGGCUUUAGCUUACAUGGACAAGGUGAGGUUGGAGUAGAAUUGUUCCACAGGCUGGAAGACUCAUGCAUAGAGAUUGAUCAAUUUACACAUCAAGCUGUCCUGCGUUGUUGUACUACCGCAUGCAUGGUUGAGGAGGGAAAACUUUAUUUCAAUUGUAUUAAGGAUCCGAAUUCCACACACUAUGCCUUGAUGGUUGCUCUUUUAGCUCGUGCUGCGCUUUUUGAUGAGGCAAGAGCCUUUAUUGAAGAGCAUCGGAUUGGAGGGCAUGGAGAGGUACUAAGAGCAAUGCUAGAUGGGUGCCAGAUCCACCAGCAAGCAGAAAUAGGUAAGCAGAUCAUUGAGCAACUUUGUGAAUUGGAACCUCUUAAUGCAGAAAACUAUGUGUUACUGUCCAAUUGGUAUACUGCUAAUGCACAAUGGGAAAUGGUUAGUAAAUUAGAAGGAAGAAUUAAAGACACAGGUUUGAAGCCUAAGAAAGUUUAUAGCUGGAUAGAAUUCCACAAUAAAGUUCACACAUUUGGGACAGGAGACGUAUCCCACCCAAGAGCGGAGAGAAUAUACGAGGAGUUACAGCGUUUAAUGAAGAACAUUGAAGUUGAAACACAUGGACCUACUUUUUUAAGCCUCAAGGAUGCAGAAGAAGAGCGGGAGUGCAUUCAAAUUGGACAUAGUGAAAUGUUGGCACUUGGUUUUGGGCUUAUCAGUACACAGGCAGGGGCAACAGUUCGUGUUACCAAAAAUCAUCAUGUGUGUCGCCGCUGCCAUGAUUCUGCAAAGCUUAUUUCUAAGAUAGUAGAGCGAGAAAUCAUAAUAAAGGACUCAAAUUGCUUCCAUCAUUUUAAGGAUGGAACUUGUUCGUGUAAGGAUUAUUGGUGAUUGAAUUUUGAUAUCUUGAUUUGUCUUAUGGUAUAUUGCUGUGAUGAAUCAUUAUAUUUCACUAACAUUGGACGUUGAAGGCAAUGUAUGGAAAGAAACCUCCAGAAUUGUGGACAAGCCAAUCUGAAAUGGAUCAGGAAUUCAGGAUUUUUGCAUGGAUUUCCAAGAUUAACGUUUAAUCAUGUGAAAAUUUUUUUUCCUGUAAAAAUAUGGUUGCCUAGCAGGUUGCUCAUCCGGUCUCUACUUUGUAGCCGCUGCAAGAAAAAGUGAGAAUAUCUGAGGUGAGGAAUACCGUCGCCAGUAUACUGCCGGAUGAUAUUCCCAGGUUUUCUUCCUUCGCUCAAUUUAGGCCACAAAUUGUGCUUAUGGUCAAAUCUAGCUGGUGCUACGUGUCAACACGUUCGCUCAGGGAGCUGGGGCCCUUCCAUCCCACUUAAAAGGGGUAUGGAUGAUUGCCUGAUCUUACAGAGCUUCAAAGCCAAAAACUCGAUGAUGGUAGGUGGAAACACCUCGAGCUCCUGCCCCGACAAUGUGUAGUAACACAUUCACCGAUCGAGGAAAAUUAUUUGCAUGGCCUUUUUAUCGCUUGGUGAGAGUGGUUCGGUGAAGCGGAAUUGUCUAAUAUGUAACGCCGGCACCUUAGCGUUGAACUUUUAAUGAGCGAGGCUGAAGGAAUUCGAGCAGGAAACAAGAACUAGCAUAUUUGAAGUUUCGACUACUGUAGAACCGUGUCACUUUACCAGAAACCUACCAUCAUAUUUUAUGGUCUGGACUGCAUUUUCUUAGUUCUGAACAACAGGAAUCUAUUCCCAAAAAUAUCGAUUAGCCUUAUCGAGGGUAUCAUGUAAGAGUCUACCAUGUAUAUAUGGACUACAUUAUUCACAAUUCAAGCAUAAUUAAUAGUAAA